AUGGUUGUCGUCCAUAUGACUACCGGCGCCUUCCGGUGCGGAAGCAGUAUGCGCGACACCCUUUACCGGAGCAUGCUGAACAUCCACGCCACAUCGGCCCCUCCUAAUCAGAUAACACUGAUCAACUUCGAGGUUGGCAGCCCAGAGACCAUGGCCGUGCAUGGGCAUGACUGUUGUUACAAGGUUCGCGUUGAUGCGACAGCUGCGUCACUCAAACUCCUAAGCGAGACUCUAAGAUAUGGCUUCCUAGAGUGGCUUCCGCACCAAAGGAACGGAAAGAACGAUUACACGAUUAAUCAGCUUAUCGCCAAGAUCAAGGCUGUUCCCGAGGAUCGGGGACUGGGCCAGUACAACAUCUUGUAUACGAUCAAGCUGUCCAACUUGGAAAAUGGUAUUUUAAGUGAUGUCAAUAUCUGCAAAGUGAUUUUAAGAGUGGCCCAGCAUCGCACGGACGAGAUUAAAACUGAGACGUAA